AGGUGCCCCAGGUAGGUGAGUUCCUAGGACACGCUCCUCCCUGUCCUUUCCUACUCCUAGAGCCAAGCAAUUAUUUGGAGGAAAAUGCUGUACGGCGCUUUGAUUGCUUUUCCUCUGUUUUUUCUCUGUUCCUCAGCCAGGAUCCCCAAACGUCGUUAAGAUGCCAAUGUCGUCACCUGUGAAGCUGCCGCAAGACCCCCCCAACAUCACAUCGGACGUUCCGGAGGCCAAUGGGACCAACGAGACCUCCUGCAGCCACGGGCACCCCGUCGUCAUUCCCAGCGAACUCUUCCUGACUCUGGGCUUGAUGAGCUUGGUGGAGAAUUUGCUGGUCGUGGCCUCCAUCAUCAAGAACCGGAACCUCCAUUCCCCCAUGUACUACUUCAUCUGCUGCCUGGCGGUCUCGGACAUGCUGGUGAGCGUCAGCAACCUUGUGGAGACCCUGUUUAUCCUCCUGCUGGAGCACGGGGUGCUGGUCUUGGAGCACGAGACGGUGCGCCACAUGGACAACGUCAUGGAUGUGCUGAUAUGCAGCUCCUUUAUGGCCUCGCUGUCCUUCCUGGGGGUCAUCGCUGUGGACCGCUACAUCACCAUCUUCUAUGCCUUGCGGUACCACAGUAUCAUGACCAUCCAGCGGGCCAUCGUCGUCAUUGUGGCCACAUGGGUGGUCAGCGUGAGUGCGAGCACCAUCUUCAUCGCCUACGACGAUGGCAACGCCGUCGUCCUGUGCCUGCUGACCUACUUGCUCUUCAUGCUCACCCUCAUUAUGGGGCUCUACAUCCACAUGUUCACCUUGGCUCGCCAGCACGCCCGGAGGAUCUCCAGAAUGCAGAGGAAACGCACCGCCCCACAGGCCACGAGCAUGAAGGGGGCCAUAACCCUCACCAUCCUGCUGGGAGUCUUCUUCAUCUGCUGGGGGCCGUUUUUCCUCCACCUGAUUCUCAUCGUCACCUGUCCCAGCCACCCCUUCUGCAACUGCUAUUUCAUGUACUUCAACCUCUAUCUCAUCCUGGUCAUUUGCAACUCUGUGGUGGACCCCAUAAUUUAUGCCUUCCGGAGCCAGGAGCUCAGGAGAACGUUGAAAGAGGUGGCCUUGUGUUGCUGGGGAGAAGCGAAGCCGCGCACAAGCCCCGAGCAGACGCACUGGUGCCCCUGCCUACGGUCUCCCGGAGAAAGAGAGCUGACCGGACACGAAGGAAAUCUGCGCGCGUUUUGUUCCCGCAGCGGCGCCUCCGCCCCGCCCCUGGGCGGCGAUCGCCGCGUCCUUCGGCUCCCGGCCCUGCGCGGCGCCCGGAUUCCUGCCCAGAUGCUUCCCGCCGCUCCCGGCUCGUACGUGGCUGAGAAGGCGGAGCAGCGCAGCCCCGCGGGUCGCCAGCUGCUAGCCGCGGGCCUGGGCCGUCCCCUGGGCCGACUGGAUUGGCGCUCCAGAACUCAGACGAGGCGGGCUCCGGCUUCGGAGAGCAGAGGGCAGCAGCAGCCGCCGCCACGCGCGAGUCUUUCGGGCCGCCGGAGCCCUGCCGGAGCCCCCUCGGUGGGCCUUCUCGCCCUGCCGCUGCUCAGCCGAGCGAGCCGGGCCCUGGGACGAGCUCAGAGCGCUUCUCAUUGUCAGGAACGGGCCGGAGCUGCGGAGGCCGCUGCGCUCCCUCGCCAGGGAGAGGCCAGGGCCGGGCCGGGCCGCCAGGCCCCCCAUGCAGCAGGGCUCAGGCUCAGGGUCCGCGGUGCAGCCACGUCGUGCAAGUGGGCCGCAGUCAGCCAGCGGCAGAGCGCACAGCAAGGCAGAGUGCCCCUGAGCAUGUGCAGAAGGCCACCAAGUCAUUCCCCCCCCCCCCCGCCAGCUCCGGCAGGCGGCAAGCGCGCCCGCUCGCUCUCUGCCUGCUCUGGCGCGAGAGAAUCCGAGCGGUGCGGUAAAGAAAGCCGGCCCUGGGCCCCUCCUGCGGCAGUGGACGAAGCCCCCCAGGCUCAACCCAGAAGAGCCCAGCCGGCUCCGACCAGUCUUGCUUCCUCCGGCCAGCGCCCCGGCUCGGGUGCCUCGUUCUGGCCCGGAGGCAGCCCCCCUGCCGCCCGCCCUCUCCCGGCGCCGGCCUUUGUUCCCCCGGGGGGCGGCAGCGACCAGAGACAAAGAAGCCCACCGAAGAGGGAGGGGAGCGCCGCGGCCGGCCCCUCCAGCCCCACCCCGCAGGCCAGAUGUGUGGGGAGGGGGAGGCGCCCACCGGGGCCGGGCCGGGCUGGGCUGGGCGACGGUCCCGCCCGAGGGCCUUUGUUCGCCGGCGCCGCCUUUCCCGGCCUGGCUCUGGCUGCUGCUGCCGGUUCCAGGGCCGCCCGCCCGCCUGCGAACACGCCCGGCAGGAGGAAGGCCCGGCGGCGGGCUCGGGGCACUGCUGAGCCGGGGGCUGCGUGCCGGGCUCGGGCAGGGCGCGGCUGCUGGAACGCGGCUCUCCCCGAGCGCAAAGCCAAGGGGGGCGUCGGGGCCACUCCGGGGCGCAGAGGGCGGGCGGGCAGGGCGGCGUUCGGGGCCCCAGGAGCGCAGGCCGCUUCUCUGCUGGCGGCGCGGGGCGGCCGAGGCGGCCGGGCCAGGGAUGCUCCGCCGCCGCCGCCGCCGCUGGUGCUGAUGCUGCAGGAUGGCGCAGGAGGCGCGGCGGUGCGCGCCGAUUGGCCGCCGGGCCACCCGCAGCCGCCCAGUCGCCACCGCCGCAGCAGCCGCAGCAUGAGGGAGAUCGUGCACAUCCAGGCGGGCCAGUGCGGCAACCAGAUCGGCGCCAAGUUCUGGGAGGUGAUCAGCGAUGAGCACGGGAUUGACCCCAGUGGGAACUACGUAGGAGACUCCGAUUUGCAGCUAGAAAGAAUCAGCGUCUAUUACAAUGAAGCCUCUUCUCACAAGUAUGUCCCUCGGGCUAUUUUGGUGGACCUGGAGCCUGGCACCAUGGACAGCGUCCGGUCGGGUGCUUUCGGCCAUCUCUUCAGACCCGACAACUUCAUCUUUGGUCAAAGCGGUGCAGGAAACAACUGGGCGAAGGGGCACUAUACUGAGGGUGCUGAGCUGGUGGACUCUGUCCUGGACGUGGUGAGGAAGGAGUGUGAGAACUGCGAUUGUCUGCAGGGCUUCCAGCUCACCCAUUCCCUGGGUGGGGGCACAGGGUCUGGCAUGGGCACCCUCCUCAUCAGCAAAGUUCGUGAAGAGUACCCUGACCGGAUCAUGAACACUUUCAGCGUGGUGCCUUCCCCCAAAGUGUCCGACACGGUGGUGGAGCCCUACAACGCCACCUUGUCCAUUCACCAGCUGGUGGAAAACACGGACGAGACCUACUGCAUUGACAACGAAGCCCUCUACGACAUCUGCUUCCGGACCCUCAAACUGGCCACCCCCACCUACGGAGAUCUCAACCACCUCGUUUCCGCCACCAUGAGUGGCGUCACCACCUCCCUGAGGUUCCCGGGGCAGCUCAAUGCCGACCUCCGCAAGCUGGCUGUCAACAUGGUGCCAUUCCCCCGCCUCCACUUCUUCAUGCCCGGCUUUGCCCCGCUGACUGCCCGUGGGAGCCAGCAGUACCGAGCCCUCACCGUGCCAGAGCUCACCCAACAGAUGUUUGAUGCCAAAAACAUGAUGGCUGCCUGCGACCCCCGCCACGGGCGCUACCUGACGGUGGCCACUGUCUUCCGAGGCCGCAUGUCCAUGAAGGAAGUAGACGAGCAGAUGCUGGCCAUCCAGAGCAAAAACAGCAGCUAUUUUGUGGAGUGGAUCCCCAACAACGUCAAGGUGGCCGUUUGCGACAUCCCGCCCCGGGGCCUGAAGAUGUCUUCGACUUUCAUUGGCAACAGCACAGCCAUCCAGGAGCUCUUCAAGCGCAUCUCUGAGCAGUUCACUGCCAUGUUCCGGCGCAAGGCCUUCCUCCAUUGGUACACUGGAGAGGGCAUGGAUGAGAUGGAGUUCACAGAGGCCGAAAGCAACAUGAAUGACCUGGUUUCUGAGUACCAGCAGUACCAGGAUGCGACUGCUGAAGAGGAAGGAGAGAUGUACGAGGAUGAUGAGGAGGAGUCCGAGGCCCAAGGGGCCAAGUGAGACCCCUGGGCCAGGGGCAGCGAGAGCUGAGCAGCGACAAAGCCCAGUCACCCAUUGUCCUCGGUUUUGCUCCUCCAUCGCUGAGUUCUAGGCAGCCAGCUUCUAGUUGCUUCUGAUUCAAGGGUUCUGAAAUGGAAGAUUGUUCUGUAUUUAGCCAUCUUCCCCCUCCCCAUGUCUUAUCAGUUAGUGCAGCUCCCUCUUUCCUCCAUCUCUUUAAUAAUGUCAAGGGCCCUAGUCUUUAUUUUUUACUGGUCUGUGUCUAUUUUUAUGUUUUGGAAUACUUAAUAAAUCUAUUGCUGUCCAGCACCCGGGUUAUCCUUAUCCUUGCAGCUUC